AUAUUUCAAAAUGGAUGCAACGACAAAUGGAGGUCGCUCAGCCAUCGUCACGAAACAGCCGGAGAGAGAUGAUGAUUCGAUUGAGUUACGUAACUGGGCAACGCCCUCCCCUUCCAAUAGAGUUUCUGCAUCAGAUCAGAACAGGGUGAUACAGAGAGCCCUGCAAGAUCUUCAAGGUGUGAACGAGGUUCACAUCAGACAGACGCUGGAAACAAUCGGUUCAAGUUGCACCGGAAGUAAUUCCUAUCACAUAGUGACCAAACAGGGUGACGUAUUGCUCAAUGCUUUUGAAGAGACAACUUGUUGCAGCCGAUGCUGGUGUGGCCCAGCCCGCUCUUUUCGAAUGACAAUACAGAACACGGAGAGUGAGGAAAUAUUACAGGUAGUGCGCCCUCAUCGGUGUGAUGCAUGUUGCUGUCCCUGCUGUCUCAUGAAGUCCAUGGUUCAAACACCGCGUGGCUAUGUUCUCGGUUACACCAAACAAACGUGGUCGCUAUGUGGGGCAGACUUCUCUAUAAUCAAUCGUAACGACAAUCGUAUUGCUGACAUGGAAUCACCAUGUUGCCCGUGCAGAUGUUUUACUAAUAUCGACAUACCGAUCCUGUCUAGCGGUGGUGAGGAGGGCUCAGUCUCAAAACGUUGGGGAGGGCGAAAACACAACACAAACAUGGACCAUGAAUUCUUCGUUCUAAAAUUCCCUGCAGGCUCCGAUCUUCAAACCAAAGGAAUACUUCUGGGGUCGGCAUUCCUCGUCGAUUACAUGUUCUUUGAGAUGACAUGAAGAAGGUGAAAUGACUACAGCGACGAAAAACACAGAAAAGCAAUUUCUCCACUAUAAAAGAAAUAAAGGAACAAAUCAAAUUCAACUUUGAAAUGUUGGGCAUGCAUGCUUCAUAUCUAGGCUUUUGGAGAAACCCAUCUAGAGAGGCAAAAUUGCCAUGUGUGUUUAUCUUCUUCUUUUGUUUAGUCACUUGAUUUAACUUCAAAUAGAGUUGGUGUCAUAUUUGUGAUUGAAGUAUU